GUCGAUGCCCGUUUCAAAACGUUCGGCUGCGGGUCGGCCAUUGCCUCGAGUUCGCUGGCGACCGAGUGGGUCAAAGGGAAAACGGUUGACGAGGCUCUGAAGAUCAAGAACACAGAUAUUGCCAAAGAGCUCUGCCUUCCCCCUGUCAAGCUGCACUGCUCCAUGCUGGCCGAGGACGCCAUCAAAGCCGCGCUGGCCGAUUACAAGCUGAAGCAGGAUCCGAACAAAGACCAAGCCGAGAAGAAAGCUAACGAGGCCUGA